AACAGCAAAGCCCAAAAAUUAUUAUUAAUUAGGAAGCUUCCUUCCUGCCCAUCAACCUUAUCAUUUUAUAUAAUUGUUGACCAAAAUCAAAAUGUAAAUAGCCGCCCUGUUUUUAUAUUUUUAUCCAAAAGAGGUUUAAUAAAAUAUAAUUUAAAAAAAAAAAUUAUGAUCUCUGGCUCCAUUCACUGUAGCAUUGAAAGUAGUAUGUUCAAAUCCUGUCAAAUAUGAUGUCUCUAUGAGGUUCUAUAAAUUAUAGAUGCAGUUGCAUCAUAUAUAUGUACACAUAUUACUAUACGCCACCAAACAGAGAAUAGAGGACACAGUGAUGGAAAUUGUCGAAGAUGUGGUGAUCGUUGGUGCUGGGAUUGCUGGGCUGGCCACUGCUGUAGCUUUGAAGAGAGUUGGGGUUGGAGCUUUGAUCUUAGAAAGAUCAGAAACGUUAAGGUCCACCGGUUCAGCCUUAACCCUCUUUCCAAAUGCUUGGCUUGCCCUUGAUGCUCUUGGCGUUUCUCAUAAACUUACUCCCCUUUAUACUCCUACCAUAAGGGGGUCUGUAACCAGAGUAGCUACUGGAGCUGUUCAAGAAAUCUUCUUCUCUGGAAACGGAAGCAAAGCUCAUCAGGGACCCAGAGCAGUUCAUCGCAAAGCUUUAUUAGAAGCUCUAGCACAAGAAUUGCCUCAAGAUUCAAUUCGAUUUUCUUCAAAGUUCACGGCUAUUGAAAAGCAAGAACUUGGAGAUUCUUCCAUUUGUGUACUUCAUUUGGAAGAUGGAACUACUAUCAAAUCAAAGGUUUUGAUCGGUUGUGAUGGGGUGAACUCUGUGGUGGCCAAAUGGCUAGGACUCUCUGCUCCAAUUCAUUCAGGUCGAGCAGCAGUGCGUGGAUUGGCAAUUUUUCCACAAGGCCAUGGGAUGAAGCAAGAAGUCGAGCAAUUUGUGGAUGUUGGCAAAAGGGCUGGUUUCGUUCCUUUAAACCACAAAGAAAUUUACUGGUUUUUAACUUAUUGCCCUGAAGGAGAAAACAUGGCAAGAGACCCAGAACUAAUACAGAAACAAGUGAUUGAGAAGUAUGCAAAGAAUUUUCCAUCACAAUACUUAGACGUAGUCCGACAUGCUGAUCUCUCAACAUUGACAUGGGCUCCAUUGAUGUUGAGAACUCCAUGGAAUCUCAUAUUUGGAAAUCCAAGCAAAGGAAAUAUCACAGUGGCAGGUGAUGCUAUGCACCCAAUGACGCCUGAUCUAGGACAAGGUGGAUGUUCAGCUCUAGAGGAUGCAAUUGUAUUGGGCAGGCACAUAGGAAAUUCUUUUAUCAAGAAUAGACAAGUUCUUGUUGAGGAGGACGUAGCCAGAGCCAUAGAUGGGUAUGUGAAAGAAAGGAGGUGGCGUGUUGCUGGGCUCAUCACUGGGUCGUAUUUGUCAGGUUGGGUUCAGCAAGCUGGUUCUCAGUGGUGGAUGAAAUUUUUAAGGGAUGUAAUUUUCUAUGGAUUCCUCUUCUCUAAGGUCUUUAAUGCUGCAAGCUAUGAUUGUGGAACACUGCCUAGCGUUUCUGCCUCUGGAGAUCUGCAAUAUUCCUCCAAUAAAUCAGACUAGAGCGUAGAGAAUUGUCCAUAUGAUCUUUAAUUGUAUGAGUCACAAUCUUAUGGAGGAAAAUCUGGUUCACAACUGUAGAGUGGGUAAAGAACUAAAUUGAAUUGAUACAGAUAUGGAAAUAUCAUGUUCAUGUAUUAAAAUUAGAAAAAAAAAAUAUCAUAAUUGAAAGAAAAGUUCUGAAAA